AUGGAAUUAUAGAAGGAAGACAUAUUGAAAUAUAUGAAAAUGGCAUUGGAAUAGGCUGAGUUGGGGAGGCAGAACAAGGAGGUUCCUGUUGGGUGUGUGAUUGUGAAUAGGAACGACGGGAAAAUAGUGGAGAAAGCCUACAAUAAUACAAAUAAAUCAAAAAAUGCAACAUAACAUUGCGAAAUAAUUUGCAUCAAUCGCAUGAACAGAGAUUUGGAGGAUUGCAUCUUGUUCGUGACUUGCGAGCCAUGCAUAAUGUGUGGUCAGGCUUUGAAUUACGUGAAGAUCCAUAGUGUGUAUUAUGGGUGCAAUAAUUCGCGAUUUGGGGGGAAUGGGACUGUAUUGUCGUUAAAUAAGUAUCCGAGUUUUGGGGGUCAUUUGGAGUAUGAUUGCAUGAAGAUUUUGCAAGAUUUUUAUGAGGAGGGCAAUGAGAACAUCGAGGAGUAGUUCAGACAUCGAAAAAAAUAAAAAUAAUGA